GUAAUGUAUCUUCACGCGGAUGCCGCUACAUGAAUAGCGACAAAAUAGCGUAGUGAAGAAAGACUACAACGCAAUACAGUCCCAUCAGAAGGAUGUGGUGCUCGGGAGGCUGAGCCGGGAGCAAUUGCAAUUUGGUGUCUGUAGUUUAGUUUGUAGAGAAAUUGACAGGUUUGGAGAUGGCGGUGGUGGAGCUCCGCUCGUUCAUAAGUCGAGCGGCGUGUAGCGUCACCCGUGUCAGGAAGGUUUGUACUGUACCGGUUGUGGGUUCCGUGGGCAGGACUUCGCUUUCAUCCAGCUUAUUGGGUUCUCGUGAAUUGGAGACAUUUCCGAGGGCGGCUCGAUGCCGAUGUUCUUCUCCGCGCACUGUCGCGUGCGCCUCGAAUGCUUCCGUUGACGCAGCUGAGCAGGUUCUUACAAAACUUCACGAGAGGUGCAUAUUAAAGAAUUUGAGCUACACAGAUCUCGAGGUAUGGGUGGAGUCAAUAGGUUACAAGAAGAGUCAGGCUUUGAUGCUGUGGAAAUACUUGUACGGAAAUGGAAAGUGGGCAGCUACUAUAGACGACAUGACAGGUCUUAAGAAAGAAUUCAAGUCCACUUUGCAAAAUAAAGCACAGCUAGAGGUUCUUAACUUGGUUAAAGUACACGAAGCUGCCGAUGGAACGCGUAAGAUUAUUUUUGCCGUGGAUGGAGGAACGAUCGAAACAGUUGUAAUUCCCUGUGCAACUGGAAACGGUCGAAAUACAGUUUGCGUUUCUAGCCAAGUUGGCUGUGCAAUGAACUGUCAAUUUUGCUAUACAGGCAGGAUGGGGUUAAAGAGGAAUUUGACCACUGCAGAAAUUGUCGAGCAACUUGUGGUUGCAUGUCGUCUAUGUACUGCAGACAUGGGUGCCGUCACCAAUGUUGUGUUCAUGGGAAUGGGUGAACCUCUGCACAAUGCGGACAACGUGAUACGGGCAGCCAACAUCAUGGUGGAUGAGAAAGGAUUUCAUCUCUCUCACAAUAAAGUGACAGUUUCGACCAGUGGUCUGGUGCCUCAGCUGCGACAGUUCUAUCGAGAGUCGAAAUGCUCAUUAGCCGUCAGCCUGAACGCAACGACAGAUGAGGUGCGCAACUGGAUCAUGCCCAUCAAUCGAAAAUACAACCUAUCCGCGCUUUUGGGUGCUUUGAGGGAAGAACUCUCCCAACGGCCGAACAAUCAGGUCUUCUUCGAAUAUGUGAUGCUCGCCGGAGUGAACGACAGCUUGGAGGACGCACACAGACUGGUGGAGUUGGUGCAAGGGAUAUCGUGUAAAAUCAACCUUAUCUGUUUCAACCCUCACUCGGAAUCUGGUUUUCGCCCUAGCUCCAUGGAGCAAAUGCUUUUGUUCAGAGACGUAGUUGCGACAUCAGGCACCGUGGUCCACAUCCGUCGAAGCCGAGGGGAUGAUCAAAUGGCUGCCUGCGGACAAUUGGGAAGUCUAGGCUCUCAACAAGCACCUCGAAUGCGCGUUCCUGAACAAUUUCUCGCAGCUGUCGCCGCUCUAUAAAGUUAAUCGAAACCUCAAACCCGGAUCGAAUUCCUCAUUGCACCUCAAGUCAUCGACUGCAGCAGUCAGCAGUUAGCCGGUCAUCUCAAAACAUGCCUCCUGACCACAGCAGAGGCAUGUCUUCAGACAACUGAUCUGAAACCACAAACCACCUUUCACCGAGGAAAGUGUAAUAUAGAAAUCUACAUGUUUUUCCAGGAAAUUCUCCUUCUUUAAACUGCAGAAGAGGCUGUUGAUUCACACAUUUCUCUAUGGCUGGAGGAGGAACAUCCUUUCGCCAGUGCCAGUGCUUGUACACUGCUGUGGCUCAUCCGUCAACUUCAUAUGAUUAUAUUUUGCAGCUGCCGCCGCCGCGCUGGCAAUGCAAAAGUUGCUUCCCGUUCUCAAGUGUGCAACGACCAACGGCGUCUUUGGGUUGUGCGCUCCAAUCCAGAAGCAGGAUGCACCUUCGACUGCGUUGGGAUCGUGCGUGCACACAUUUGGUACCGAAACAAAAGUCAACGACCGUCCUCAUUUUUGGAAGUUAAUCGUCGGACCUGGCCUUUGCGCAACGCAACGAGCAGUGCAACUCUGCUCGCUCGUUCGCUCUCCCGCUUCGUGGAGGGUUGGUUUGUAGAAAGUCUCCCUCUCUAUCACUGUCCGCCACGGUUCGGCGGAGGCGAUCUGCAGCUGCGCCGCGGUAUUAUGAGGCCAUCACUCUUGUCCACCACUGUGAUCUCCACUCUGGAUAUCCAAGCUUAACUCCUAUCAUAUGUAUUUAAUUCUUUCCCCUUUGCUUCGGUGGAGAAUGGGCCGAGUGGAGCUUCAGAGCGCAGUAAUUCCCACAUUGACUUUCUGAGCUGAAGAGGGUGAAGUAGUCUAUUCGGUCGAUCCAUGAUGAGGGCAACCGAUCGACGCUCAAUCACGUUUCCAUCCAUCAGGCUGAUAUGAAGUAAACGGACACGGCACUUGGAAGACGGCAGCGUGCCCGAAACUGUGAUUGAGUAAAUUAAACGGGAGUCCAUAUGUCUAUCAAAACUGUUUGAACGUGUAAAUUAAACCGGAAUUCAUAAUUUAAUGUCGUACUUUUAACGGUAAAGAUGGUCACAUCGUGUUUACCGAGGGGGGGUGGUGGUGGGGUUUCGUGCACAGACCAGAUUGUCUUCAGGACGCGAGCGGCAAGAAGGGCUUGAGCGUUGGUCCCAGCGGGAAUGGUCCCAGAAGAGACGUUUGCGGUGGGCGCUGUAACGUUCGAACCAAGAUUCGUUACGCGCCACGGAGGAACCAC